CGGACAGCAGCACGGAAGGCCUUAAGGACUGAGUUAUAAUCCGCAAGGACGUGUGAGAGGAAAAUGUACUGGUCGUUCGGGUGUUGGUAGGAUAGCUGAGGGAGGACGAAACAAGCGCAGGACUGUUGUUGUUCCGGUUGGUUUUUGUUUAUUUAUUUUUUGGUUUUGGUUCGGUGGUGCGUGGACAUGUAUUCGCCGGACAAGAUGAUGGGGUCGAAGGGCCCGACGGGACUGCACGGGCCGAUCACGUCGACGGGCGCGUGUUUCGCGGGCAGGUACUCGCCGACCUACAGGAGUCCGGAGCCGAUGGCGAGGAGGUGCAUGCCCAAUCCGUCGACGAGAAUAUUAGAAGACGCCUCAAUAAUGUGUAAUUCCUGGUCCCCAAGACACAACGGCGACAUAUUUUCGGGACUGAACGACGGACUGAUAAGCAGGGCGGAGGCGUUGGCCGCCGUCGACAUAAAGCACCAGACCAGCGGCGGACCCGGGGGUUUACCGCAGCUCAAGCACGACAUGAUGUACCACCAUUCUAUGGGGGCGCCGCCUGUCUCCAGGCCACACCAAACUCUAUUUUUAUUCCAGAUGAGCCACAUGGACGGCCUGGAAAUGCUGGACCCGAUCUCCUCCUCAUCGAUGACGACCCUAACCCCGAUGUCCGACACACCGUCGCACAUGCACGCCUACGGCAUGAACCACGUGAUGAACCACCACCACCACGGCGGCCCGCUGUCGGGCCACAACGCCCCGGGCCACCACGGGGGCCACCACAGCGGCCACCCGGGCGCCCACCACCCGGCCAUGGCGGCAGCCGCCGCGGCCGCCGCCGUGGCCGGCCUCCACCCCGACGCCGACACGGACCCCAGGGAGCUGGAGGCGUUCGCCGAACGCUUCAAGCAGCGGAGGAUCAAGCUGGGGGUGACGCAGGCGGACGUGGGGAAGGCGUUGGCCAACCUGAAGCUGCCCGGCGUCGGGGCGCUGUCGCAGAGCACGAUCUGCCGCUUCGAGAGCCUGACGCUGUCGCACAACAACAUGAUCGCCCUCAAGCCCAUACUGCAAGCGUGGCUGGAGGAGGCGGAGGCCCAGGCGAAGAACAAGCGCCGCGACCCCGACGCCCCCAGCGUCCUGCCGGCGGGGGAGAAGAAGCGGAAGCGCACGUCGAUAGCGGCGCCCGAGAAGCGCAGCCUGGAGGCCUAUUUCGCCGUGCAGCCGCGGCCCUCGGGGGAGAAGAUCGCCGCCAUCGCCGAGAAGCUGGACCUGAAGAAGAACGUGGUGCGCGUCUGGUUCUGCAACCAGCGGCAGAAACAGAAGCGCAUGAAGUUCGCGGCGCAGCACUGACCAGACGUGAAUUUCGGUUUUCCAUAAGCGUAAAUUGGGCUCGGAUCGGGCGUACGUGGGGGGACGCCGUCGAAACUCCAUUUGUAAUAAUUUCGGCGGGUUUUUUUAUAAAUUAUGCUCAAAGCACUGUAAAUAAUAGUUGACACGUCACGUACCUUCUUGAACCGUCCAAUCCAACGAUGGAAUUGCCGGAUGUAAAAUGCAGAUUUGAAAACCUUCAGUCGGAUUGAUUAGGAUAAUGGUUAUUUGUACAUAAGUUUAUUGUUUCUUCGUUGGUGUUUUGUUGUUGGAUUGGAAUGUGUAAACAAAAUUAAACAUCUACAUUCGAUAUAAUG